GGUCGCCCCGGUGGUCUAGUUGCUAUCUUCGAAACCUUGUAGAGGUCAGGUCAAGGGUUCGAAUGCCGGCGUAAGCGAGCUUUUCUUGCAAAGUGAGUUUUUCUCUCGCUUCCGCUCCUGGCGUAGUGGAUAGCGCUAGUUCGUGUGUAAACAGAGGGAAGAGAGUGCAGAACUCUCCUCGCAUUCAAAAUCGAAGGCGAAGUACCGCAGGAGGGGAGGGUGGAGAGGGGCUCUUCCGUGUGCCCACGGGUUGGAGUAAACGGCACUACUGCUGUUAGCGCUGAUUUGAAGUGAAGACAAAAAAAAAAAUGUUUACCUCGCAUAGAAAUCCCGCGGAGGAGGCUUCCAAGCAAGACGACAAGGACUCGGAGGAGUAUGUGCGGCCGUCGACCACGACGAAACUCGAGGUGCCAGAGGGGGGUGAGCUGCUCAAGGACGGUACCGUGCGGAUCAACGUUUGGGCUAGCCCGCGGUCGCUGAGCACAGCUCUCAUGUACUCGUUCGCACAGAGGCCGGACUGUGUUGUUUACGACGAGCCUUUGUACGCACACUUCCUUCGAACGCACCCGGAGGACGAGACGUGGCGGCCCUACCGAGAUGAGGUCUUCAGAGAACAGGAUUCCGACGGCGACCGAUGGAUCAAGGAGGUGGCGCUAGGCCCGACGCCUAAGCCGGUGGUCUACAUGAAGCACAUGGCCAAACAGAUGAGGAACCUGGAUCUCUCCUUCCUGCCCAAGUGCCGAAACAUCAUCCAGAUCAGGACCCCGAUCCACAUGCUUCCCUCCUGGAACACUAACAUCCACGCGAACCUAAAGGAGAUCGGCAUGCUGGACCUUUUGCACAUGUACUCUCUGGUACGCGCCAUGGGUCAGGAACCAAUAGUGAUCGACGCCGAGCUGCUUCGUGCCAACCCAGAGGGUGUGUUGCGGGAGGUGUCGGAAAUGGCUGGUAUCCCCUACGCCCCAGAACAGCUGAGCUGGGAGGCUGGUCCCAAGCCCUACGACGGCUGCUGGGCAUACGUGUGGUACAAGGGGUGCAGAAAGUCGACGUGCUUUGACAACUCCCCGCGCUACGUCAAGUUCGACCAGAACUUGGCGCCGCUCCUGGAGGAGUGCAUGCCUAUCUACCAGCUCCUGAGAUCCAAGGCCAUCACGGGGUUCGGCAAGCUCGGAAAGGUGCAACGCCCCCUGCCCGCAGAGGCAGGCAGUGCUGCAAGGGACGCGAAGGCAGAGGGUGCAGCUGCGGUCAACGAGGGCAUCCUGGUGUGGGUUGGAGGAGGGCUCGUUCCACGUGAUAUGGCGAAGGUGUCUGUGUUCGACUCGUCGGUGCAAGGGGGUGACGCCGUGUGGGAGGGCAUUCGGGUGUACCGGGCAAAGAUAUUCUGCCUUGACAGGCACCUGAGACGCCUGCAAGAUUCCGCCCAUGCCCUCGCCUUCGAGGCGAUCCCGUCUUCCAAAGACAUCACUGUGGCGAUUAUGGCCACGCUUGCCGCUAACAAUAUGGUGGACGGGGCCCACGCGAGGGUAACCCUGACCAGGGGUACCAAGACCACGUCCAGCAUGAACCCCGACUUCAACGUCUUUGGGUGCACCCUGAUUGUUCUAGCAGAGAGGAAAGAGGUCGGCGGAGCGGCAACGUACGACAACGACCUCGGCGUGACACUGGUCACCGCCUCCAAUAGACGAAACCCUCCACAAUGCCUCGAUUCCGCUAUCCACCACAACAACCUCCUCAACAACAUAUUGCCCAAGAUCCAGGCUAACAACGCCGGGGCCGCCGACGCGGUGAUGCUGGACGUCGAGGGCUUCGUUUCCGAGACGAACGCAACCAAUAUCUUCAUGGCCAAGGGAGGGAAGCUCCUGACACCGGCCGCCGGCAGCUGUCUGCCGGGUAUCACGAGGGGCCUCAUCUUGGAGCUGGCAGCCGAACUCGGCGUUCUUGCGGAGGAAAAGAGGGUUUCCCUGUCCGAGCUCCAUUGUGCGGACGAGGUCUUCACCACGGGUACCAUGGGAGAGCUUUCUCCCGUGGUGAAGAUCGAUGGGCGUCAGAUCGGGGAUGGACAACCGGGGCCUUUGACGUCACGCUUGAGGGAAGCAUUUGCUAAAAUGACAGAUCGCGAAGAAUUGGGGACGCCUCUCCCAACGUGCGCAUGA